UCUACUUGCCCCUUUCGGGGGAGCGAGAUGGGAACCGAUCUUUACCUCGGCCAUGUGGCCGCCCUUGCAAGUGUUUAUAUAGCUGAGAGGAUGCUCGUCUCUUUUACAUCCUCUCGCUUCAACCAUUUAACAUUAUUUUAACCUUGCACGAUGGCCCAGGAACGAUCCAAGAUACCUUCUCACGUCCUCAUCCUAGGUGGCGGUCUUGCGGGCACUUGCUUCGCCCUCGCCCUCUCCAAAUCCGGUAUCCGGUCAACCAUCUUUGAGCUCCGUUCUGAUCCGGGCGACAUUGGCGGCGCCCUGAUGCUGGCUCCCAACGCUCUUCGCGUCCUUGACAAGCUUGUAGGCGUCUACGAAGAGAUCAAGGACAAUGGUUUCAGCUUUGAGAAACUGAACUUUUAUUCAGAGGACGGGAUGAAGCUCGGUGGAUUCGCCCAGGGUGAUCAAGAGAGAUGGGGAUACAAGGCGCUCCGAAUUAAGAGGCCUAUCUUGCACAAAAAGCUUUUGGAGGCGUGUGCGGCAAGCGAUAAGAUUGACUUCAAAUACGGGAUGAUCUGGAAGAGCAUCGACGAGAGUGAGACGGGAGUAAUGAUCCAUUUCGAAGAUGGUACUCGAACAUCAGGUGACAUCCUAGUCGGCUGUGACGGUAUUCACUCUCGCCUCCGAAACUAUCUUCUCCCUGACCCCCCUACGCCUACGUACGCCGGCCUCGCAGGCAUUGGCGGCGAAGUCUCUCGCUCUUCACUGGACAUCCCUCCCUACAUGACCCUCCCCGCAUUUAUUUACACCCGUCCCGGCAUGGUCAUGCUUGUUCCCUGCGACUUUUCUGGCGAAAGCAUCGGCUGGGCCGCCCAAAAGUCUGUACCGGAUAGGACUAGGUCUGGAUGGAGAGAGUAUGAAGAAAGCGGCGACGCUAUCAAAGGGAUCAAAGAGGACUAUAAGGAUGUUCAGAACGAGACCCUCCAGAGCUUGUUAAAGGUUGCUAGCGAGGAAGCUGGACAAGCAAGAGUUUGGGCCCCGUACCAAAUCCCUCGUCUCCCGACUUGGCAUUCGAAGAGAAUCUGUUUGAUAGGUGAUGCGGCACAUGCCAUCCCACCUUCAGGCGGUCAAGGUGCAGCCCAAGCUUUCGAAGACGGCGGUCUCCUAUCUAUGUUUCUCUCCAAUGAAGAAGCGGUCGGGAAGGGUUAUGAGAAAUUGUUUGAGCAGUUCGAGAAGAAGAGGAAGAAGAGGUUUGAGAUCGUCGAAUCGCUCACCAAGGCGAGUGGGAGUUCGAGGCAGGAAGGGAUGACGGGCUUGGAAUGGUUUAUCAAGAAGUGGGGAAUGUGGGCGUAUCUCCUCACGAAGGGUGGUUACAUGAAAGACGAUGCGUUGAUGAGCUACGAUGUGACCAAGGAGAGUGUAGUUGUACCCAGUUAAUGUUUUUGGUGAGUUUCGUUCUACGCCAUUGUCGGAUAUGUCUGUUUGUCAGUUUCACACCUUUUCUGGUAAAUGAACAAUAUUAACUUGAUGGUCCCUUUAAGCAGAUUUUGAUGUAUCUGCGCAUGUAUAUGAUGCCUCGUCAUGCUCUGCAUUAUGUGUGGGGGAAGAUAAUAAAGUAUAGGUGAUAGAAAGGGAA